AUGCAGAUGCAGAUAAGGGCGUGCCACGUGGCGUUUGCCGUUACUGCCGUUACUGCUGCUUCCCCGUUUCCCCACCUUAGCAUCGGGGAGGGGGUGGAGAGGUGGUACGGCAGAGCACAGAGAGCAUCUGUGCGGCUUGGGCAGAGCAUCUGUGCGGCUUGGGCAGAGCAUCUGUGCGGCUUGGGCAGAGCAUCUGUGCGGCUUGGGCAGAGCAUCUGUGUCACGAGCCUUGGCAGUGGCAUGGACAUGGGGAUGGGCAUGGGAAUGGGCGUGGGGAUGGGCAUGGGGAUGGGGAUGGGCAUGGGGAUGGGCAUGGGAAUGGGCGUGGGGAUGGGCAUGGGGAUGGGGAUGGGCAUGGGGAUGGGCAUGGGGAUGGGCAUGGGGAUGGGCAUGGAGAUGGGGAUGGGAAUGGGGAUGGGUGCUGGCAUGGGAGGCAUGGGAGUGGGCAUGUGA